AUGUACAGAAUAGACGUUUCAGAUUUUUAUGACUUCCAAGCGUUCAGAAAUAUGUGUCCAUUUCGAGACUAUAACAAAGCAGUCGAGAAUUUGAAACGUUUAGUCAUUUAUGUCGACUCUGCCCCAGAAUGUUAUGUCAUGAAAGAAUGGGAUGUAGUCUUUAACAAACCUAAAGCGACAAUAGUUUCAGAACAAGAAUGUAAACAGAAACUUAAGAAAAUAAAAGUCGUACAAGUUGGCAUGAAGAUGUUAGAUGCUUGGGAUAUCUUAUUGUCAAAGUUAGAAGAUUUUUCAGUUCGUGGUAUAAAGUUCUAUACACCAUCUCCAAACUUCUAUUCUAUCUUCACUGGAUAUAAAUACGAACAAGUAGAAUGGAAAGAAAAUGUUAUAGAAGCUUGGUUAGACCAUGUCAAAGAAAUUAUAUGCAAUGGAAACGAAAGAGUCUAUGAGUAUAUCUUAUGUUGGUUUGCAAACAUCUUACAACAUCCAAGUGCUAAAAAUGAAACUGCUCUCAUCAUAAUUGGAAAACAAGGAACAGGUAAGAACACUUUCUUUACAGAUAUCUUAUGCAAACU